AUGAUAAGGAAAAAGGCAAAAGAAGUUCCAGCUUUCAAAGUUGAAGCAGAAGCCGAUGCAAGAAAUGUUCCUGUGAAAUGUGAUAACUGUGAAGCAGUGAAGAAGCAGAACGGCAUGAAGGCUUUUGAAGAAGAAGCAUAUGAAGGGAAGGUUUCUGAAACAAAAGAAGAAACUGAAGUGAAAGAUUCUGACAUCAUGCCAUCAUCUUCAGACACAGGAGUAUCAGACACGGUGGACCCCAUGACGAUUGUGUCAGACGACGAGAUACCAUCAGAGGGAGACGUAUAUACGUCAGACACCACGAGUACAGAUGAUGAUGAUUUUCAGCCGUUCGCUCUGCCAGACAUCGGAGUUGAGGACCAGCCUGCUGACGGCUUUCCUGCUGGGGAUCUACCUCUUGCGGUGAUCCCUGCUCCCGUUCCGCUUGCUGCUUUCCCCAUGGCGGAUGUGCCACUCGAAGUCGUAUCUGAUGACGACAUUGAUCUGUUCGAGGAGGGUCCCCCUGAGGACGACUAUGAGGGCGGGGCCCCAAUUGAUGUUGAUGCUAUCCUUCCUAUUGCUGAGGCCCCUGUAGAGGAGCUUCCUCUUGGUUCACCUGUUCCAGACUCAUUGGAGUCUGUGGCAUUCGCGUCUUUGCACGCCCUGGGUGUGCAGCAUCACUCUCCUGACGCUGACCCCGACGUAGGGAUGUCAGCUGCACCUGGUCCAGCACACGAGUUCGAGUUUGACCAUGAGGUCGAUGACGACUUUGAUCCAGUCUUUCCUCCUGAUUUCGAUCCUGACCACGAGAUCGAGUUUAUUCAUAUGGACCAGCCCUUAGAGGCGCCCAUAGAUCCCAUUAAUCCGUUGUUUGACAUCACUGCCGAUUUCGAUAUGGACCUUGCUGACCACGAGCCUGUCAUGGCCCUAGAGCCUGUUGUUGCUCCUGAUCCUGCACCAGAGCACGACCCUGUACUUGAUGAUGCACCAACUCUUGCACCACCCAUUGCUGACCUACCCAUUGUUGCACCACCAUUGGUGGACGAUCCUAUUGUUGAGGUACCUGUACCUGAUCCCGUGCCGGCAUUGGUUGACCGUGCACCUUUCGCCGCUCACAUAGAUCCUCGUUAUGCUGACACCCGCAACGGGUGGAUCGAUGAUGAUGAUGAUGAUGAUUACCCACCGUUUGUGGUACCUGUCACUCCUCCCGUAGCAUCCGUUUCUGCACCAGCUGAGUUUCCAUUGUUGCCCCUACACACCACAGACGCCCAUCGCACUGAUCUUCCUAUUACGUUCCUCCAGGACAUACCGCCACCUCGUCCUGGAGAGGAUUCAUCGAGGCAGCCGCCUGUUUCUGUUCCACCCGUGCCGCUGUCAUUUCCAUUCAUGUCCCAGUUCCCCAAUACUGCACCAUCAUUCGUACCAUCGAGCGAACCGUUUUUGUGGACUACGCCCCAUGUUAUGCCCUUAUCUGACCCGUACCACCCAUUUCACGUGGGGUACACUACGGAGGAUAUACUUGCGUCGCUGCAGCUAGAGUAG